GUCUUUCAUCGUCCGCUCUCAAACACCAGCGAAGGGAACGUACUUAACUGAAGUUACGACUGGUGAUUAGAUUGAUAAAAAAAGAUCCUCGGCUCUCUGCCAACUGUUUUAACUUCGCUACAAGGAAAAUAUAUAAUUUGAUUCCAGAAUCUGUUCAUCCAAUUGUAAAUAUUACGGUUCCGAAUUUUCAAUGUCGUGAGGGAGGGAGAGCAACGUGAAAAGAUGGCGAGAUGGAAGUGGAUUUUACAGCUCAUUGCUGGAUUCUCCGUGGUUAUCGCACAAAAUGAAGGAACUGAGAAAAAAGUAUUAAGAUACACUAAAUUUACGAUACUUCUAGUCUAAUCCCCGGUAACUUGGGUUGUCCCCCUUGGCGUUUUAUCCAGUGCUGCUCUUAUCCCGGCAUCGAUAGAAUACUCUGUUUAGGAAAAGGGUGAUGACCCUUCAUCGAAGGAAAUCCUCCCAUGAGAUUGAGAUCAAUAGUGUAAUGUGUGUCAGUUUGUUGGCUAUUUCUGUUACUAAUUCUGCAUAUCGACUUUGCUAAUCUGCCCCAGAGUGCCAACAAAUUCUUUAGAGCAUCCAGGAACGCCAAGAUUAAAAGAAAAAGUUCAAAAUGGAGUUGUGGAAGCUGCUUCCUUUAUUCUUUUUUGCAAAAGUUUCAUGGAGUUAUUCCAGGAUUCAGAGAACUGAUUUAUUGAUGCGUAUCGUAAGUGAGAAGGAUUUGGAGAACCCGCCUAACUAUGAUAAGUUUGACUCUGAUAAAAUUACAGUCAUUGAGGCUGACUUGAACGUUAAUAGUUUCGAUUCAAUCAAUGAAGCUAGCAUGGAUUUUAGAAUUUCUGUUAUGUUACACCUUCGCUGGAUCAACACACUGUUAACUGAAAAGUUUGACUCGGUGAAGAGCAGGCUGGAGUACGUGGAACUGGACGCUACAAAGAUGGGGCGACUUUGGGUUCCGGACUUGUAUUUCCCUAACGAAAAAAAGUCCAACUUCUUCAAUGUGAUGACGGAUAAUAAAAUGAUGAGAUUACACCGGAACGGGACGAUAGACUACACCACCAGAAUCGCCUUAACACUGUCUUGUCCUAUGAAUUUAAAAAGAUUCCCAUUUGACAAACAAACAUGUUCAAUUAAGAUAGAAAGUUUCGGAUACACGACCAGCAGUAUACAGCUGAGGUGGUCCAACCUUUCUGAAAAUGCUGUCGCCCUGAAUCAGACUAGCCUGCCCCAGUUUGAGGUCACCGGAAGGAAUUACUCCUUCCGGGAAAGAACACACAGAUUCAGAGGAAAUUUCAGUUAUCUUCAAGCUGACUUUCACCUGGAACGUAACAUUGGUUACUACAUGAUACAAAUGUACAUUCCGAGUCUCCUGAUUGUUUUAUUAUCAUGGGUGUCGUUCUGGCUCAAUGUCAACUCAGUCCCAGCCCGAAUUUCCUUGGGUGUGCUCUCGGUUCUCACAAUAACCACUCAGAGUUCUGCAGUAAAUGCGUCACUUCCUCGUGUUUCUUACAUCAAAGCAAUUGACAUUUGGAUGACAACUUGUCUUGUUUUUGUAUUUGCGGCUCUGAUCGAGUUCUCUGUGGCCAAUGUACUGAGCCGAAAUAACAAGUCAGAAAAAGAAUUUCUCCAGAGUAUAUUUAGAAUAACAAAAAUUGGCCGGAUAGAGAAAGAGAAGAAUGGAAAUGAUGUCACAAAAGGUCUGCGUCAUCGUCGACAGACCCAGAUGGACGGAGAAAAGAAAGAUCUUAUUGUGAAUGAGUUUGGUAAUGUCAACUUAAAAACGGAACCCAAAGAGAAAGCAGAAAAACUUCAACAAAACAAGGGACUAGCCUACGCAUCCUAUUUGGAUGUUAUCUGCAGGGUUCUAUUUCCUACAAUAUUCGCCAUUUUCAACAUUAUAUAUUGGGUUUAUUUUUGGAAAGUAACCGCAUAACUAUAAAUCAAUGUUUAUUUUUUGACCACUUAAUGAUGUUAAGUUCUAAAAACCUAAUGAGGUAAAUUUUAUAAUAUGUAUCAUCAAGAAGCCGUCUUUAGAAUGUCCACAUACAUGUAUUUGUGAUUUGUGAAAAUUGUUUAUUUUGUUUUAAAUUGUGUCUUUUUUUUCUUUUCAUUGAAAUAUAAUAAAGUAUUUGUUUUUUACAUGUAUAUGAUAUCGCACAAAAAUGUGCCAUUUGAUUGAAAUGUUCAAGAUUUUUUUUUUCAAUAUAUUUACGUUGGUUUGCAGAGUGAAGUACAAAAGUUUUUAUUUUUUCAAGAAACAAUGGACUACCAUUGUCAUCAUAUGAGAUUAGUACAUCAUCCGUCCUUGACAUUUAGAUAAAGCCUUUCCGUUAUUAUUCGUAAAUAUUAGAUAGUUCUAGUCAUCCAGACCCCUCAAUGUACAAUAUUUACACAAAGUGUAUUCUGAGAGUCUUUUUCACAACAUAAACAUUUACAUGAUAUACACUGCUAUCAACUACCUAAUUUUAUUGUGUAGGAAAUUUGCAUAUCUGAUCCCUCUUUCUCAUUUCACAUCAUAUAAAAAGCAUAUUCAUAUUUCAGACACACACAUGUAAUGAUGGUGAUCAUUUUCAAAAUAUGAAUGAAAUUUUAUUCAACAUUAUUUAUUUGUUAUAUUUUUCAUUUGUUUUCGCACAUGUAUGUCUUAUAUUUGUCAUGUUUGUGGUCCUUCUCUCUAGAGUUCUUAGUCUUAUCACUGACGUCUGUUUUUGCUGUCGGUUGUAUAGGUAUAAAUGUACUAACAUUCAUUUUUGUGAUCUAAUGCUUGUGUUUUAAAUUUUUGCAGUUUAUUACAAAAUAAAGGGGAAAAUUGUUAUCUAUUCA